AAUGUCAUUCCUAUUUUUGGCAAGUCUUUAGUAGCUGAAUCUUCUGCAUUGAGAUUUGGGGAACCAUCAACGAAAUCGCAAACUCUAGUGACGUCCACCUUCACCUUCGGAAAAACGGAAGAGAAAAAGGACACCUCCGCACCCUCCGGUGCAUUCUUAUUCGGUGCUUCCAAGGAAGCUGACAAACCGGCACCAACCUUGGGCUUCUCUUUUGGCGAGCCGGACCCUCCAAAAGAUUUCCCCAAGCCUACACUUACAUUUGGGAAACCUGCUGAUUCAGCAGAAGCCCCAAAACCGUCAUUUAGUUUUGGACAGAGCAUGACAGAAACAUCUGCUCCAAAGCCCCCUUUUGGCUUAAUGGCCAACUCCUCAAGCACCCCAGCUUCCUCCAGCUCCAUUCCCAGCCUUUUUGGCACUCCCACUACCUCUUCCCUGACUCCCACACCUGCGCCCUCGAGUACCUUUGUGUUUGGCCAGAAUACCUCCACUGAUCAUACCGUGGCAAAGACUUUCAUGUUUGGACAGCAGCCGCAGGACAGCCAGCCCGCACCUCCUGCAGCACCUUCUGCUGCACCUGCCCCAGUACAACCCUUCCAAUUUGGCUCUGGUACAAACUCAUCCUCCACUGCAUUCACUUUUGGUGCCGUUGCGUCCUCCACCCCAGCCUCUUCCGGUUAGUUUUCCACCAAACAUCUCAUUGUUGUCUUGUGUGGUUCUGACAUUUGUUUUUGUGUACAACUGUGUCUUAAUUCACUGA